AUGUCCGAAACCAGAGACCCCGUCUUGGUCCACUUUGAGUCCAUGCUCCGUAGACAGCCGACUACCACCUCAAGUAGCCCCUCCAUCUUCCGAGUGGACCGCGACAAUCGCCAGGGCAGCGAAAACCUCUACGAGCCGAAACUUGUCUCCAUCGGCCCAUAUUACCACCAAACAGCCCAUCUCCAGAAAAUGGAGGCCCGAAAGCUCGCGUACCUCAAGUGCCUGGUCAAACGCUGCGGUGAGUCCACCUUCGAAGAAUGCGUAGCGGCCGUGUGGUCCUUGGAGGAAAAAGCCCGAAAGUCCUACUCCGAGCCCAUCGAGCUGCCCAGCCCAGAGCAGAUGGUGAAGAUUCUUGUGUUUGACGGGAUUUUCGUGGUCGAGCUGCUCCGAAAGAUCGAGAUGGUCGAGCUGAGGGAGAUGAACGACCCAAUUUUUCAAUACCAGCAUUUCGGCGACAUGGUCGGGCGCGACCUGAUGCUCGUGGAGAAUCAGGUCCCGUUUUUCGUGCUCCACAAGCUUUUCACCAUGACGAGGAGCAAGGACGACCCAUAUGGCGACAUUCUUUUCCAUAUCCGUGAUUUUGCCUACUGCAUUUCGCCGUGGGACACGGACAUUAAUUCGGUAGAAAACCUGGAGGAAUAUAACAAAAAUCACCUCCUUGGCCUCGUCUACCAAAUCUUGUUCAAGGAAAUCAUAAAAGCCGACAGGCCCGUCGACGAAGAAAUUGUGGAAAGAUAUUUGCGUAGGGACUCCGAGCUGCAGCAGGAAACAAGAGACCACGUCUCGGACGACAUCUACUCAUUAAUCCUCCAGCUGCCUUCCUCCCCGAGCAGCAGCCCCACCUUCGAUGACGACAGCGAAAACCUCUACAACCCGAAAUUCGUUUCGAUUGGCCCUUUUCACCACCAAACACCCCAUCUCCAGAAAAUGCAGCCGCACAAGCUCGCGUACCUAAAGGGCCUGCUCGCACGCCGCGAUGAGUCCACCGUCAACAGAUAUGUAGUGGCCGUGAGGUCCCUGGAGGAAAAAGCCCGAAACUCCUACUCCAAGCCCAUUGAGCUCGACCAGGACGAGCACGUGAAGAUUCUUGUGGUCGACGGGCUUUUCGUGGUCGAGCUGCUCCGAAAGAACAGGCUGCAUGAGCUGAGGGAGAUGAAUGACCCCAUUUUUGGAAAGGGGCAAUAUGUCCUUGACAUGGUCCUGCGUGACCUGAUGCUCGUCGAGAAUCAGGUCCCAUUUUUUGUGCUCCUCCGGCUUUUCGCCAUGACGAGGGGCUGGGACCCAUGGGACGACAUUUUUCACCUCCUCCGUUGUUUUGCUCACAACAUCUCACUGUCGGCCUACGAUUUUUUGUCCACAAUAAAACCAGAGGAAAAUAACACCGACAAUCACCUCCUUGGCGUCGUCUGCAAAAUCUUGUUCGGGAAUUUGAUUGAUGAAGAACUUGUGGAAAAAAGGGCCGAGAUCAAAAGGAGCAACUGCCUCAACGUCACAUUCGUCUACAAAAAUUUGUUUUCGUUGUUCGGUAAACUGAAAGCCCAGAGGCCCGUCGGCUUAAAAUUUCUGGCCGUCUCCAAGCUGCAGGAAACAGGGGUCGAGUUCAAAAGGACUGACGGCAGUAUCGACAUCACAUUCGACGGGGGCGUCCUUAGAAUUCCGAGACUCGGCGUGGACGAACACACGGAGUCGGUUUUGAGGAAUUUGAUCACGUACGAGCAGUUUUUAACCGACUACCAACCAAGCUACGUGACAGACCACAUCACCUUCUUAAAGUUCCUCGUCAAGCGGCCGACGGAUGUGCAGAUAUUGAGGAGGCAUGGGAUUUUGGAAAACUUUUUGGGCCAAGACCAGAUGGUAUGCAAUGUUUUUAGGAGUCUCGGGAAAAAUGAAGAUGACGUGGACUCGUGGUGCGAUUUUCGCUACACGGAUGUUCAAGAGGCGGUGAACAGAUAUUGCAACAGGCGUGUGAUUAGGUUGAAGGCGGUUUUGAGGCGGUGGAUGGCGGAAUUGUGGCAGAAAUAUUUCAAUAGCCCGUGGUCGUUUAUCAAGUUUUGUGCAGCAUAUUUUGUUGGACGGUCAGAUCUUGCCUAA